AUGCUGCGCCUCUCCACGACCACAUGGCCUCCUCUUGUCCUCGUCGUCACCGUGACCCGCGACCUGGUCCCCACCGUCAUCACCCCGCACUGUGCCAUGUCCACGCGCUCGUCCACCCGUCAACGCGUCCCGCUGAUGACCCCGGCUCCUCACAACCGCCUGGCCUUCCUUCUCACCUUCCCUUCUCCGCAUCCUCUCCUCCCCUUCCAGCAGACCGCGACCGCGCCGCCUCUGCCGCAGCGCGUAAACCCCGCCCGCGCGCGCCCCUCGGCUCUCCGGCGGGCCACGCGGUUUGGCAAUGGCGGCCUGACGGCGCCAGCGAGCCCACUAGGCGGCGGAGGCGGGGGCGGGGGCGGCGCCGGCGCUGGAGGCCGCGAGUGGCGGCACGGGCAUGCGCGGCGGGUCAGCGAGGCGGAGAACGUCGACGACGAGACGUGGUGGCAGCUGUUCUUCCGCCCGUCACGGCGCCGCGUCGACGGGUGGCUCUCGAGUUUCUGGAAACGCCAUUUGGUGCUCACCGUCCUGCCCUGCCUUGCCGUCUGGGUGUGGGUCGCGAUGCCCUUCCCCGUCAACGACCCGUACAAGGACUCGCCACUGCCUGAUAUCCCUUCGUGGCCGAAACGGCCAAAGACGCCAGACGAGGGAGGCGGCGGAGGCGGGAUGGGAGGGGACGACGACGAAGUGUUGCCGCUGGACGCCAACUUUUACUUCUUCUUGUUCUGGUACUUUGGAAUGUACCUCGCCGUCGCGCUGUUCUUCAUCACCAACCUGUUCAGUCUCUAUCGCCUCAACUGGUGGCCAUCGCUGCUCGGCGGCAAGACGACCUACUCGCUCAUCUGGGGCCUGACCCUCGCGUUCGGGCUGACCGCACACCAUCUGGACAUGUUUGGCCUGCACCAGCGAUACAAGACCAAGCCAGACAGCGACAGCUUUGACUGGGAACGAAAGACCUUCUGGGUCGUCCUGUCGUUUGCAGCGAUGCACAUACCCGCCAUAGCCUGCUUUUCGAAACUGAAACGCGACAAGAGACACAUAUACCGCCACAUCCAGCCCGUCGUGCAGGACACGUUCUUUGGGCAGGCGUUCCGCCGUAUGCCGUCGUCGUGGCUCCGCUUCCUGUGGUUCAUGGCCUGUCUCGCCAUCGCCUCGUUCUCGGUCAUUGCCGGCCAGGCGUACGCGUCCCUCUUCCUCUCCACUCUCCCGCACACCAGUCUGGACGCCGGUACUUGGGUCUGGUCAUGGGUUAUCACGGUGCAACUCCUUGCCCAGAUCUCGUACUUUAUCAUCACGUCCAAAGUCCGCUCUCGCGCAUUGUUGUUCCUGUACAAGCUCUUCUUCCAGCUCGUCUACCACGUCUUCUAUCGCAACCUGUUCGCCCGGCUCCGGUCCCCAAGCCAGUUCGCCACCGUCCAGCUGCUGUCAUCCAUUGCAGUCGUGUGCUUCUUCCCCUUGCAAAUGACCAAGCCGUGGUACAAGAUGCUUCAGAUCGUUGUUGGGUAUUCGCAGCCCUUUAAUGAUCACCUCGAUAACGUCGCUGUCAGCUUUUACUGUCGUAGCCUGGCACAAAACACCACCAUGGUCGGGUUCCUAGGCUGGCUCAGCAUCCUCCAUUUUGGUUCCAAUUCUCAAAUCUACCCCUUCUUCAAGUUUCAACCCACCGAAGAAGACCCGUACACAUUCGGACUCACAUUCGUCGCCUCUUGCGCCGUCUGGGGCUCUGAACUGAUCUCGUCGUUUGUCGCGCGCCAGCUCAUGCGCGCCGGAUUCGGCGUGGACGUCAGCCAGGUGGGACUGGACGAGAUGCGCGAGUAUCCCGAGCUGGUCCCGGCCUGCGGGUGGGCGAGCGUCCAUGUGUCCAUGAACAUUCUGCUGUUCCUCAUCAAGCUCAAUUUCCGGUAG